GUUCUUCUUUGAAAUUUUAGUUCACGAAGAAGAAUCUCAUCAAACGGUUUGGGUAUUGGGAAGUAUUCAGAUGUUUAAUCAGUGUGUGAAAACUCAAUUAGCAUAAUUUCUACUUCAAAAUGUUGUCUUCUUGGCUAUAAAGGAUGGAAGAAUCUGUUUGAUUAUAUUGAAACUUCUUCAAGUGAAAUUGGUUUGAGAACUUCAGGGGUUCUGAUAUAUGGAGUGUGAAGAGGAUAGUGGAAUGGAGACCUUGCAAAUGGUGGUUACAAGGACAUCUCACUCAUUCUGUGAUGGAUUUGAGCUGAUGUGCAAUUAUAUUACUUGGGAUGGAGCAAAAGUUAUGUAAAUAGACAGUUUAAUCAAUUCCAGUAACAAUAUCUUGGUUGAGACAACUGCUUUGGUUUUUUGUUCAAAUCCUGCAGCUCUACCCGCUAAAACUAAUGGAUAUAUCCGCGUUGAUUGCUAUGGCGGCCUGAAUCAGAUGAGACGCGAUUUGUGUGAUGGAGUUGGGAUUGCCCGUUUGUUGAAUGCCACACUUGUUCUGCCAAAGUUUGAGGUAGCUGCGUAUUGGAACGAGUCAAGUGGAUUUGCAGAUGUUUUUGAUGUAGACUACUUUAUUCAAAAGAUGAGUGGUUAUAUCGAAGUUGUUAAAGAAUUGCCAAAAGAUAUUGCAUCAAAAGAACCAUUCAAAGUAGACUGCAGCAAAAGGAAGGGUCAAUUUGAUUACAUUGAAAGUGUUCUUCCAUCGUUGUUGGAACAUCAUUACAUUUCUUUUACACCAGCAAUGAGCCAACGCAGGGACAGGUAUCCCGAAUUUGCAAGAGCCACUCUAUGUCAAGCCUGUUAUUCGGCUAUACGCCUUACUAGUUCCUUGGAGAAGAAGGCCAUCGAGCUUUUUGAUGCUAUUCCCAAACCCUUCUUGUCGCUUCACCUCAGAUUUGAACCGGACAUGGUAGCGUACAGCCAAUGUGAAUACCCAAACCUCUCUCCUUCAUCUAUCGCUGCCAUUGAAGCUGCUCGUGUUGAUAGGAAGCCAUGGACUGGAGAACUAGCUCAGACAUGGAGAAAGCGAGGCAAAUGCCCUCUGACUCCUAAUGAAACAGUGUUGAUGCUUCAGUCACUUAACAUCCCAACAAGCACAAACAUUUACUUAGCAGCUGGAGACGGUCUAAUGGAGAUGGAAGGAUUCACAUCCAUUUAUACAAAUGUGUUCACAAAGUCUGUUCUACUUAACCAAGAGGAUUUCACCAGAAUGCAUGGAAACACAAAAGCUGCAUUGGAUUAUCACGUGUCCAUCAACAGUGACGCAUAUGUGGCUACAUACUUUGGAAACAUGGAUAAAAUAGUUGCAGCUAUGCGAACAUAUAAACAGAUGCAUAAUACUCUGUUCCUGAGCAGAAAAGCAUUUGCGGAGCUCACUUCUCAGGGUCUUGAAGGUGCAGAGUUGAAGAAAGCUCUCUGGGAAGUUCAUAAAAGCGAUUUUGCCAUUGGCAGAGGUUUCGCUUUACCCGAUUGCUUCUGUGAAUUUGAGCUGUAAUACUGUUUCUUUUCUUACCACAUUCUUGAGCUGACACAACAUUUAUAAUGACAACAAUUUGUUCAUGUACUA